UACAAAUAAUACAACACAUAAAGAAGAGGUAAACAACAGGCGGUCUUAUCGCUAAAAAGCGAUCUCUUCCAGACAACCUUUAGGUAGCGGAAUAAAAAAAAAAUCAAACAAACAUUAUAGGUUUUAUGAUGUUCUUUUUUGGAGAAAAUUGGCAAACAAAUUUCUUACGUAACAGGGUGUCUGUUAAUCAGUUAUCUGAUUUAAAUGAGACCUCAUUUAACAGAUUCUGCAACCUUUUUUGCCUAAUGUUUAACUGGCCACUUCACGUUGAUACGUUAAACUACUACUUGACUGACGGACUACGUGACUAUGUGUUAUAAACAAUGUUAAACACGGUUAACAUCUUGUCAGUUAAAUCAUAGUUAAAUAAAUGCACAUGAUUAUAAAACUAAUUCUACGGAUUCCACUCACGUGUUUAGUCACUCGCGCGACAUGUUUCGGAGAGCUUAGGUCUCCUUUCUCUAGCACUAAUGGCUCCUCUACAUGAUGGCCCAGCGUAGGCCAGUCCUAGGGACGCAUUUAUGCGUUAGAGGGAGCAAGUGAUAUUGCUAUCUCAUUUCACCGCAUAGCUGCGUCCCUUGGACUGGCCUACGCUGGGCCAUCGUGUAGAGGAGCCCUAACAGUGCGAGCAGCGUUCACGACGGCCAUGAGUGGAAUCCUUAGAAUUACCUAGUUUAAUGUUAAUAUGUCUCACGACAGUUUACCUACAAUUUAUUUUGUUGUUUGGUAAAUUAAAACAAAAAAUAUGAAAAGUUUUCUUAAUUUAUAUUUGAAGUUAAAUUAAAUUAGUUUGAAGUUAAUAUAUUUAAUGUUAAUUACCAUGUCUUAAAAUAUCGGUAACUAAUUUCAUAGCAACUUAAGUACAUAUAAUGGGAGUGGGUAGGUAAUUUUUAGAUAUUUGAGACUUUUAAAAUGUUACCGCAUUUUGACCUGUUAUCACAUUUUUUUAUUUUAAUAAUUUAAAUUGUUACCGCAUUUUUAGAUAUAACUAAAACAGCUUAACGAAUAUUGAAGUCAUGUUCCAAUUUCUUUGGUUAUUUAUAUACCUACCUAACAGGUAUCGAGGUAUAUCCGCAUUGCUCGGGGUUCCCCAGCUUUUAAACUUUUAUGGAAUUUCACAUGAAUCAACUGCCCAGUAUGCUUUUUUCAUUUAAAUUCGACAUAACAUUCGGGCCCACAUUUCUUUGGUCAGUUUCUAUCAGAGCUCAGUUUGCACGGAUACUUUCAAGAAAAUAAUAAAAUGAUAAAAACUAUUGCACAAAUAAGUGUUUAUUUAGUGAUUAGUUUCUCUUCUUUUGCAUCACCUGCCACAUUAAGAAGGAAUUGCAACGAUUGCGUUGUCUACAACUCAUGUGAUACUGCCGUGAUGCUCCUCAAGAAGAGAGACCCAGCAGCGGACGCUCAGCUCAAGAGUGCUUUUUGCGGGUUUGAUUAUAAUAAACUACCUAUGGUAUGUUGUUCCGAGCUGACAACGGAGCAGGCACCGGAAGCCGUCGAGAACCAUCCUAAUCUGCUCCUAAUCCCGGAGAUUUGCAGAAACAACAAGAAAAAGAUAGGCGGUGGCCGGCCGGCGAAGCGAUAUGAGUUUCCGUGGAUGGUGCUUCUUGCCUAUGAAACACCCUUGGGACCCCAAUUUAAGUGCGGUGGCAGUCUCAUAAAUGAGCGUUACGUGCUCACCGCAGCCCACUGCCUCUCCGACUUGAAACUCAUCGGCGUGCGAGUCGGAGAGUUUGACAUAGACGCCACCACAGCUUGUGCUGAGCUAGAUAACUGCAGUGAUGAGAUACAGGACUUGCGCGUUGAAGAAGCCAUAUCUCAUCCUGAAUACCGUGGCAGGCCUAAUGUUAGAAACGAUAUCGGGCUCCUAAGGCUCAGGAAACCUGUAGACUUGUCUCCAAAAAACACCGGCGUAGUUUGUCUGCCAGCUACCAGACAGCAGCAGAAUCUUGAUCUUGGUAGACAGGUCGCUACGCUUGCUGGGUGGGGCUACACGGAUCAGGGCUCCACUUCAGCUAUACUGCGCACCGUUGUGGUUCCAGUAUACACCGUCGAGAACUGCCGGCAGCUGUAUAAUAGAGGCAGGAAACCAGGUGAAGAAGACGAGACGAUCAACAAACUCUGCGCCGGGCAGAAAGGCAUGGGAUCGUGCGAAGGAGAUUCUGGCGGGCCCUUGAUGCUUAUGGAUCAAGCAGGCCACUUCGUGCAGUAUGGUGUGGAUUCGUAUGGACCUACACUCUGCGGCGCUGACUUCCCUACUGCUUACACCGAUGUUACUAAAUAUAUGAAAUGGAUCCUUGAUACUAUUAGACCUUGACUCCUGUUUUUUUAGUAAGUUGGAUUUUAUUGCAUAUUAAAUGAUAAGGGACA